AUACAUUUACCUUAGAAACCUCCAUCUCUCCGCUAGUAUCCCGUGCUACCACCACCAAGGAGGCUUGGGAUAUUCUUGCACACACCUUUGCCCGUCACACUCGUGGUCAUACCAAGCUCCUGAAAACUAACCUCCGUUCUAUUACCAAAGGUACCCAAACCAUAACCGAAUACAUGAACGUUAUUCGUGUUUGUGUUGAUCAAUUGGCCGUCUUAGGUGACCCUUGUAAACCUGAUGAUCUCAUUGAAAAGGUCUUGGAAGGCCUUCAGGAUCCCGAAUACCAAUCUGUUAUCGAUGCCACAAACAACCGAGAUACACUCAUCUCGUUUGAUGAACUUCACAAAAAACUCCUUAUUAAGGAGGUCAGUCUUCGCAAUGCCUCCACUACCUCCCCCUUACCUAUCUCGGCUCACGCAACAACCACACGCCAAUCCUCCAAUCAGUCCACACACACUCCAACCCAUUACCGUAAGCCUUACAAUGCACCUCAUCCUACCAUUUCAUCUCGCAAAUCCUACUCCAAUGACAAACCCUCUGGUUACAAAGGAAAAUGUCAGUGGUGUCACACAAUUGGUCACUCCCUAUAUCGUUGCCCCUCCUUUCAUCAAAUGUAUCCUGACGCCAAACCCACGUUAACCCCACUGCCUAGCUCUACGCCUCCGCCUCAAGCCCAUGUCGCAACUACUUCCCCCUUCACUACGCCCCCUUCCUGGCUCUUAGACACAGGAGCUUCUUACCAUGUUACUCAUGAUUUGUCUACCCUUUCACUUCACCAUCCGUAUGAUGGAACUGAAGAAGUUGUCAUAGGAUCGCCUCACGGGGGCACAUCUCCUAAAGGGUCCAGUUAAGCAUGGGAUUUAUGAAAUGCCCUCCCCUUCGGCAAUUUUAGCUCUUUCCACCACCAAAGCUCUGGCAAUAAAUUGGCACCAUAGACUUGGCCAUCCCUCCCUUUCUACUUUCAAAUACAUUGUUUCGGAUUUUCGUCUUAAUCUCUCUAGUUCAUUUAACUUCAAUUGUAAUGCUUGUCAUUGUAAUAAAAGUCAUAAAUUAUCGUUUGCUCAGUCUACACUAGUCUCUCAUGCACCUCUAGAAAUUAUUUAUACAGAUUUAUGGACAU